AUGACGAAUCAAACUUCAACUAAUUCAUCAAAUGAUAUGAUAGCAACUCAACCUCAACAAACGGUUGAUAGCGAUCUGAUAUUAAAUCAAGGUAUUGUUUCAUUAUCAAUUAACAGUCCUGAACAACAGUAUAAUGAGGUCCAACGAAAACAAUUUAUUCAAAAACAACUUGUUUUAUUAUUACAUGCACACAAAUGUCAACAACGCGAAAACCAAACUAUUAAUGAUGAAAUAACACGCCCAAGUGCAUGUACAUUACCACAUUGUAGUACUAUGAAAAAUGUUUUACAACAUAUGAAAAAAUGUACUGAUCAUGAAACAUGUACUAUUCCUCAUUGCGUUACUUCACGUCAGAUUAUUUCACAUUGGAAACAAUGUAAUGAUUAUCAAUGUUCAGUUUGUCAACCAUUUAAAGCAUCAUCAACCUCAGCUCUAUUAAAUCAAACAACAAAUAAUAAUACUAAUACAAUAAAUGUACCAAUAACAAUCAAUAAAGAAUGGCAAAGACAUGUUACACAAGAGAUGCGUCAACAUCUUGUACAAAAAAUUAUAACAGAACUUCUACCAAUAACUAAUACGGGUGCUAUUCGUGAUACAAGUAUUAUUAAUUUAGCUGAUUAUGCUCGAUAUCUUGAAAAUGAAACGUUUGAAAUAGCUAAUAGUCAUGAAGAAUAUUUUCAUAAACUAGCUGAAAAAAUUUAUAAACUUCAAAAAGAAUUAGAUCUUAUCAAUUAA